AUGCCUUCUGGGGACGCGAUGAUUCCCCGCGUGUGUCGCACCUUCAGCGAUGCAUUCGCGAGUGACGAGGCGACGGCGAAGGAGCAGGGGAAGAAGUACUGGAUCAGCCGGGUUCUGGGCUCCGGUGCGACGGGCACCGUGCUGUGUGCGAAGCGUAGGUCGGAUGGACAGUCAUUCGCCGUGAAGGUUGUGGAAAUGGAGGGCAUGUCGGAAGCCGACAAGAACCGCGCACAGGCGGAGGUACAGUGUCUGCUGAACUGCGACUUCUUCUCAAUCCUGAAGUGUCACGAGGACUUUGCAAAGAAGGACCCUGCGGACGAGGAGAAUGUUCUGAUGGUAGCACUGGUGCUUGACUACGCAAAUGCCGGGGACCUCCGCCAGGAGAUCAAGAACCGUGCCAAGGCGGCUCGAGCGUUUCGCGAGCACGAGGCGGGCCUUCUUUUUAUUCAGGUCCUGCUUGCAAUCCACCACGUGCACUCACGGCACAUGAUCCACCGCGACAUCAAGACAGCCAAUAUUCUUCUUUGCAGCAACGGGCUUGUGAAGCUCGGGGACUUUGGAUUCAGCAAAAUGUAUUCCGCCACGGUCUCGGGCGAUGUCGGCAAGACAUUCUGUGGCACGCCGUACUACGUGGCGCCAGAGAUAUGGCGCCGGAAACCGUACAGCAAGAAGGCCGAUAUCUUUUCCCUGGGGGUGUUGCUGUAUGAGCUGCUGACACUGAAGCGGCCGUUUGAUGGCGAGAAUAUGCAGGAGGUGAUGCAGAAGGCGCUAGCCGGGAGGUACGAUCCGCUGCCACCGACGAUUAGCCCCGAGAUGACGGAGGUUGUGACGUCGCUUCUCUGCGGGGAUCCGCAUGCCCGUCCCUCGAGCAGCAAACUGCUCAACAUGCCCAUCUGCAAGUUGUUUGUUUCUGGCCUGCUCGAGAUUGUGCAGACGCAGCCCUCCUUUGCGGGCCCGCUACGUGACACGAUAUCCACGCACAUUCAGAGCGUGAAGCAGUCACUGAAGGAGGAGCGGCGUGUGACUGUGAGGCAAAUGGAGGAGUCUCAGUCGGCUGCAGCCGCGUCCACGACGAUCCUGGAGGGGGCGACCCCCAUGGGGAGCGUGGGGGACCUUACGCUGUAUGAAGGCAUUGUGAAGAAGCAGAGCGGUGAUCUCGCGUGGAAGCGCCGGUAUUUGUGCAUCCGCGGGGCACUCGAGGAGGGCGAGCGGCUGGAUGUGGGCAGGAUGCCGAAAUUCAAGAGUCUGGACCUUGUGUUGGCCGUAUCGAAGGAGACAAUGCGGCAGCAGUGCAUCACGACGCCAUUCUCUGAGUUGGAGGACGUGUUCCCUGUUGCAAGCAAGUACACAGGGUCGAAUGCGCAGCAUGUGUUUGCCGUGGCCUUCAAAACGGGAAGGCGUCUUCUUUUUCAGGCACGCGGUGAUCCCGAGCGAGAUGCGUGGAUGCAAAAGAUUCAGCAGACUCUUGGUAUUGAUGAGGCUGACUAA